AUGUCGCAUGUUGCACACGAAGCUUGUGGUGUAGAUGUGUUUCUAUGUUUUAAUCCUCAAUCGAAUCAAUGUUCAUCCGUAGCAACAAUUAUUAAACAACGAUGUUCAAAGAGAGAAAUUAUUUAUCAGGCAUCGGAUAAUAUUGAUUUUACAAUAAAUUGGUAUGAAUCCAUACCAGUUCAAAUUCUUCGUUCAAAAAUAUUUAUACCAAUUAUUGAUGAGCAAUGGUAUUCAUCAUUUUGGUGUUCAUGGAUGCUUUUAUUUGCUCUUGAACAUCAAAAUCGUUAUAGUCUUCCAUUAAUUAUGCCUGUGAUUUUACCAUCGUAUGGUGAACGAGCAUCAGAAGUACUUAUUGCACAAUUAACAAAAAAUUAUAAAGCAACCGUCAUGCUUAGUGACCAUGAACCAAUUGAACAAUCACUUGAAGCAUUUUUUAAACUUAUUGAAUUAACAACUCAUACACCAGAAUGGUUAUUACAAGGAUUAAAAUCUAAACGACAUGUUGAUAAUGAACGGCCACUAACAUAUGAUGAACUUAGUUUUUUAAAUGAAAUGCGACAUAAAGAAAUAGUUCUUAUGCGAGAUAUGUCAUUACAACAAGAACGAAAAUUACCAACAACAAAAACACUUCUACAUAAUCAACAUGUUGCAUUAUCAAUGCCAUAUGAUCAAUUACCAGCAUUUUUACUUUCAGCUAUGUAUCAAAAUUAUCAUAUAACAUGGUUUGAUGUUGUUACUAUUGAUCGACAACAUUAUUUUACAUUUAUAUGGAAUGAUAAUCAUUUAUUUCAAAAUCGUACAUCAGUUAUGUUUUAUAAUUUAAAUCCAGCACAAUUUAAUGAAUUAACAUUAAAAAUGAAUCGUUAUCAAUUUGAUUUAAUACAUUUUGAUGUAUAUCGUCAUUCAAAUGAAAAUAUGCUUCGUUAUAUUUGUUUAUAUUUACGUCAAGAUUUAACUAAAUCAUUUCAUAAAUUACGUACAGCUGUUAUAGCAAAUCGAUGGUUGAAUGAAAAUAAUCUUAAUGCUAUUAAUAUACGCCCACAUUUAUUAUGUGGAAAUUUAUAUUAUUCUAAUUUAUUAUCAUCAAAAAGAUCUAAUCAUAAUAAUCGUUAUUAUCGUAUAAAUUUAACUGAUAUUGAAUUACUUGAAGAACAUACAAAAGCAUUAACAGAUAAUUAUAAAUUAAUAGAUUUAAAAGUAUAUCAUUUAAAUAAUGGUGAUUAUAGAUUUAUAGCUAUGUGGACAAAUGAACAAGAAGGUUCAUCCACUUUAUAUCUUGGUUUAACAUAUGAUGAAUUAGUUGAACGUUUAAAUGAAAAACAAUUACGUACAGCUAUUAUCACUAAUUAUGGCUUAUUGGUUGAUGGACAACAAUGUUUUGCACUUGUUUGUAAUCAAUAUGGUUCUGUUUGA